AUGGACAACACCACGCUCCACACCUUUCUCUUUCACUGCCCUGCCGCACUGCGCAGCAUCGUCUUACUUGGAUCCUGGGACAACUUCACCCGCCCAUAUCCGCUCGAGCUCGACGUCCGUGGGGGCGGAAAUAUCUGGAGAGGCUGCUUUACCUUCUCCGACAUCAUUUGCGACGGAGACGUGAACCAGCCAACACUCAAACGGGACGGGCCACUCAAGAUGGGCGGCACUUAUUGGUACUACUACAAGGUUGAUGGCGAUGAAGAAUAUCACAACCCUGCCGAAGAAUCGACAACCUUUUGCCCCUUGCUGCCGGGCCAGCGCCUCAAUGUUCUGGAUGUGCCUACUGAGGCGCAUAGCCGUAGCCGCUCCGAGAUGACUGGCGCCUUCACACGCAACCCCAGAGACAGAUAUCUCACGCCCGUUCCACCUGCUCCUCCAAGGUCACGCACCUCUUCUCGCAAGGGCGAGCUACAAGACUCACACGCCAAUCUGUUACCCCCAACCUGGACCCCUCGAUCGGCCACACAUGCACCUAUGGAUGGCUUUCUGUCUCCGCGUCUAGUACGACAUGCUCGGAGUGCAUCGGCAUCACCAUGCAUGCCCUCUACACCCAUCUUCCCAGACUUCAAGACUCUCAAGGGCAAGCUGGUUUCAAAACGAGGCGCUUCAAGGAACCGCUCUGGAUUGAGAACCAAGGAAUUGGACAUUAGCUCUCCUGUGCUAGUCAGCGGUGGAGAAGAUCUCAAACUGGUUCCCUUGUCCGUGUAUCGACCAUCGGUUGAAUCGAUCCGGGAAACCCAAUCGGACUCGACUCCUGCACGGUCCAUGUCCAUGAUAAGAAGAGAAUUUUCUCCCCUGGCAUCACAUCCUGUCGACCCGGAUCUCGACUCGGCAUUUGGACCUGUGGAGCUACCGGCAGCGGAACAGCGCUCCAUGCGGCGCCGACGGUCUCAUGUGCCCUCAACAAUCGUCACUAGCGAAUUCAAGCUUGAGCAACUCCGGAUCCGUGCCAACUCUACCGACACAAGGCGAACACGGCACUAUCUCUUUUCGAACGACCCCUGGCUCUCUUCACCAAAGUCUCCACUAGAGUCCAAGAACGAAGACCGAGUGGUGCAAGACGACACCCCUCCGGCGCCUGUCUUGUCGCGACCAUCGAGUUCUCUUGGAGCUCCAGUUUCAAGUCAGCGUCCCACCUCUAGCCAUGGCAGCCGUCGUACUGCCACUUUUCGACAGUCGCUACUCGACAAAGAGCUUCCUGCACUUCCCCGCUACCUGGUGCCUGCACCGCUCUACGCAUGUAACCCUACGACAGGCAGCGAUUCGUCAACCGAAGAGUCGGAAGACGAGUUCCAAGAAGCGGAUGAUGACGAGUGCCUUGAACACAAUAGUGUGCAAAUCUCACAAAAGGCACGCAGCCACUUUUCUACAUGGAGUGAUGACUCGAUAGCCUACAGCGCCCCGGCCUCUGACGAUGAGGUUGUCCUUUCACCAACAUUCAGCUCCCUCACCAGCAACGACGGCGAGUCCAUCACGUCCCAAGGUCUUAUGAUCCGCUACUCGUACGCAGAGUCGGAAGGCCAUGAUGGCUACAGGCCCAUGUCACCAACCCCCGAUAUCCAUCACAUGACCGAUGACGAAGAGGAAGACUCUGACUUGCACUACCGUCUGUCGACACCGCCCCAACUUAACGAACUGCGCAUCUCCACUUUUGGCUCCGACCUCUUUCAGCCGAGGCCUCAGAGCCCAGAUGUGUCAUCUCCUCGCUCCUCGCGUCGCCAGGCUGCCUGCUUCGGUCUCGGCUUCCAGUACAGCCUCUCAGAAGACGAUGUGAGGAGCAAGUCUACCCUCACCGAGGUCGACAUGCAUGCCGAGCAGCUCUCACGCACCGUCAGUGUGCACAGAGACAGCACCAUGACGCAGCUCAAUGCGCUUAUGGAGGACUUUGCUUUCUUAGGUGACGCCGUCAAUUAG